AUGGGAAUUCGACGCCGACUACGCAGUUGUCUUUCCAGCUUCGCGAUCGCCAUCCGCGUCUCGGUCAUUUCACACAAGGCAGUAGCCGAAACUUUCGCCGGUGGCAUUCUCGGAGGGAGUUCGAAUUCGAGACCACAACCAAUUCAGAACGGAGCGAGCGUCUGCACAAGCAGGAAGUUGCCGAGGCGCUUGUGCACUUACAGUGAACGCACAGCAACUUCCUUCGCGGAGGGCACUGGUCAACACAAGGCUCAAGAAAGUAUGGAAAGCUGGCAGGAUUUCUGCUGGCAGAUCCGGAGUGCGAGGCGUAGAGUGGCUGAUAAACUUGAUUCGUUGUAUGCGUACGAGAUUCCCACCAUACCGGGUGAACAAGGCAGACUAAAAGACUAUUUGAGAAACCCUCCGUUCUUGACCCGUUAUGGGCCUACGUACAAGACAACUCAAGCAAAUCCAGAACACUUCACUGAUAUUGGAGCGGACAAGAGGGAGAUGUCGCCUAUUGCCUUGCUGCGUCAAAAGGAGCCUUCUGAAGCGGCAGGCGUUCGCGAAGACGUAGAGGGUUCGACGGUGGUGCUAGAACGUGGUGAUUAUGCGUCUCCAACCGAUUUGCUUGCUCUUGAAAGCCUGUCGGAGAACUAA